AUGUCUUCCAUGUGGCUUUCAGAUACGCAGAAAAUUGGUGUUGUUUUCUGCUCGGGAGGUGGCCUGUUUCUGAUUGGAGGUGUGAUGUUCUUCUUUGACCGCGCCAUGCUCGCCAUGGGAAAUAUUCUUUUCCUCAUCGGCCUCACCAUCAUCAUUGGCCCCCAAAAGACGCUCGCCUUCUUCGCGCGCAGGCAGAAGCUCAAGGGCACGGCAGCCUUUUUCGCGGGCCUCAUCCUCAUCCUCAUCCGCUGGACGUUUAUCGGCUUCCUGGUCGAGGGCUACGGCAUCGUGAUUCUCUUUGGCGACUUCCUCGGCACAAUCGCAGGCUUUGCGCGCGGGAUCCCCGUCGUCGGACCGUACAUUGGCCUUGCCAUCGAUCGCUUGGGCAUCGCCCGCACCAAUGCUGAGCUCCCCGUAUAG